AUGACACCCACUGAGUAUUUGGGAUGGGCUCAUUGCCUACUGAGGGACCUCUCUCUGCCAAUUCUUCCAGAGAUACGGCUUGUCAACGGGCCCAGCCAGUGCCAGGGGCGAGUUGAGAUCCUCUACAACGGCUCCUGGGGGACGGUCUGCGAUGACGACUGGGACAUUGUGGAUGCCAACGUGGUGUGUCGCCAACUGGGCUGUGGCCAUGCCACCGCCCCCCCAGCUGCCAUGACCUUCGGCCAAGGGAGCGGACCCAUCUUCCUGGACAACGUGGACUGCAAGGGCCGGGAGACAGCCUUGAGCGAGUGCUGGAGCCAUGGCUGGGGCAUCCACAACUGCUACCACUAUGAGGACGUGGCUGUUGUAUGCAACGACCUCUCGCCCAUGCAAGCCAGUGAAGGACCGACAAGCAGGACCCUCACAGCCUCGGUACAGGAUGGGGAAAGUGACGGCAGCAUCCGUCUGGUGAGCGGGACCGACACCUGCCAAGGCCGGGUGGAAAUCUUCUACCGCGGGAACUGGGGCACCGUCUGUGACGACGACUGGGGCCUGAGCGACGCCAGCGUGGUGUGCAAGCAGGUGGGCUGCGGCCAAGCCCUGGAUUACAAGAGUAACGCCUAUUUCGGCUACGGCACAGGGCGCAUCCUCUUGGACAACGUCAACUGCGACGGCAGUGAGCCCUUCCUCUCCGCCUGCUACAGCCUCGGCUGGGGCAUCCAUAACUGCGGCCACCACGAGGAUGCUGGGGUCAUCUGCACAGGGCUGGAUACAUCCACCAUCACGUCCUUCACCACCUCGGCGGCCCUGGACUACGAAGAGACACUCACUGCCACGGCCACAGCGACAGACAGCAGGGACCAGCCCUCCCAGGCCACCGAGGGGGUCACCACUGCUCUCCUUACCGUCGAGCAGGAAA